UCUCCCUCUUCUUAAAUGACUUCUCAGCGCUCCAUCGCUCAAACACUAUCGUCUUGUCUUCACACUUACUCUGGGAAUUCACGCUUGGCACCAGAUCAGGGAUUCGUUUGCCAAAUACAAUAAUUAAUAAUCGCAAUCAACUUGCACAAUGGGGAAUCAACACGGUAAAGGAUUUUGCGGACUGAAAACGAGGACGAGGAGAGAGCCAAUGGGUUUCAUUCAUCACCAAGCUUCCCCCUCGCACGCAGGGAUAAGAACUGUGGACGUGGACAAAGUUUGUACCUUGUCCACCGGUUCAGAACUCCGUGUCUCCAUAGUAACUUGGAAUAUGAACGGCCAGGUUUCCUUUGAGGAUCUAGCAGAGAUGGUUGGGGACAACUGCGAGUUUGAUCUUCUUGUCAUUGGCUUGCAGGAGGCUCCACGAAACAAAGUUGCAAAGCUGCUGAAAGCGGCUCUGGUUCAAACUCACAUCCUGAUAGGUAAAGUUAUCAUGCAGUCUUUGCAGUUGUACCUGUUCGGACCCAAGAAUGCAGCAGGAUCAUCUAUUAGAGAAUUGAAGGUGGACAAACAAUCAGUUGGAGGCUGCGGAGGAAUAAUUGGAAGGAAGAAAGGGGCAGUGGCGAUCUGGGUUAACUACGAAGGCAUAAGGAUGGUGUUCAUUUCUUGCCAUCUCUCUGCUCAUGCGGGCCGGGUAGAAGACAGGAAUUCAGAAUGCAGGCACAUAUCACACUCCCUCUUCUCCAAGAACUGGAAUCCAUAUGCCAGACCAGCCCACGUCACCGUUUGGUUGGGAGAUCUGAACUACAGGCUACAAGGGAUCGAUACCCACCCGGCCAGAACUCUGAUACAGAAGGACCUGCACGGGCAGCUGCUUGGCAAAGAUCAGCUGUUGCAAGAGGCAGGACGAGGACAGAUAUUCAAUGGGUAUUGUGAGGGCACCUUGACAUUCAGGCCAACUUACAAGUAUAAUGUAGGAAGUAGCACCUAUGAUACGAGUUAUAAGGUGAGGGUACCAGCUUGGACAGAUCGUAUAUUGUUCAAGGUAGAAGACACGGAUAACAUGGAAGCAAUUUUACGCUCCUAUGAAUCAAUGGACGAAAUAAACGGUUCUGAUCACAAGCCAGUAAAGGCUCUCCUGUGCUUAAGACUUCGUCAAACCUCCCCACCACUUGUACCUUAAUCUCUCAAUUUUCUUGUUCUUCUUCUUUGAUUAUUGGCAUAUAUCUUUUUCCCCUCGUAAAUUGUUGAAUGUAUAAAUUUGAUAGUUUACCCUGAAAA